AUGGACUCACGGCCAGUAUUUGCUGUCCAUUUUCCCGUCUCUGCGGACGGCGAGACGGGGUUCGGGAACGAGGAGAUUCCGCUGAUGCUUUCGCCUGGCGCUGAGCGAGCAAUCCUCGAGGACAGGGGGAAGCGGGAGAGAGAGGCAGGCAACUCUUUCAUUCAUAUGGCCUAUUCCGCCAAAGACCCUGGGAGUAUGCCUCGCCGGACAGCAGCCAUGUGCGGUAUGAACGUACGCAGAGCCAGGGACGGCAGUGGAAGUCGGGGACAAGGUUCAAUGCCGAACACCUCCGUAGGGGAACGAACUCCUGCUGCCCCGUUGACGUUGCUGCUCCCGAGAGGCGAUACGAUAGGCGGCCAAAACAACGAAGCAGCAGUGAAGCGAGAAAGCAGCUCGCAACACAUCGCCAUCGCCCGCCCUCCUCGCCCUUUGCUUCCGUCGACGCCAUCACCAUCGAACGGUUCGACGAGGAGGGAUGCCACGGUGGCAGCAAGUACGAUGACGGCGACGGGGAUACGCGCCCGCAGGAACAAGGUCUUCCGUUCCGUCUUCCAGAUUGACGUCUCGCAACCGACGCCUCUGCUGGCACCGGCGAGCCAUGGCGAGCCCUUUGGCGGUCCAACGGGCGGUCCCUCGGUAGCCUCGACGGCACGCCAUGAUGCACAUUCCGCCCCGCCGUCCCUCGACGACCAGGUGCGCUGGGAUCGCGCCUGGCACGCCGUCACCUCCCGCAUCCAGCUCCCGACCUCGGUGACCGUCGAGGACUCGUUCGGCGCCCCGGCGCCCGAAUCGCAGCAUCUCGACGACGGCUUCCGCGACGCCUUGUCCGUCCUCCUGCAUCCCGACGCCACCGUACCCCGAGCGACACGGAGGGAAGACGUCCUGGUCUGGCACACGCAGCAGGUGCGCCAGCACUUUGUCCACCACGUCCUGCCUUUGCUGGCCGCCUGCGCCGCCGAGGGAGAGCCUGCCGAGGUUCUCCUGAGUAGCGUUCGGACGCUCGAGGCCGCCCACCGCCAGUAUCUCUACGGGCUCGAGCUCAUCACGCGAGGCAUCCAGCCCGAGGCCGACCGGGCCGCCGCCGUCGCCACCUUCAGGCGCGACCUCGAUGCCGUGAUCGGAAACUCAUGGGCCGACGGCCUGGCCGACGCCUUGCGGACCGUCAUCCACCGUCUGCUCGGUGUCGUGCUGCACACGCACGGGCGAAAGCCCGCCUCGGCCGGCCCCGGCUCCCUCUCACCGGCAAGGGCGGAUGCCGGCCGCGUUUCCGCAGCUCGCCGAGAGCUCCUGAGCAUGCUCGAGUCUCUGCAGGCCGUUGGCCUGACGGGCGAGAGGUUUCAGGUUCUGCUUGCCGAGGUCAUGGACCGGUGCAUGCGGGAGUUCAUCCGCAACACGUACGCAGGUGUCUGGGCCGCGUCGGAUGCCGCGGCCUCUGGCGACGAAGGAAGUCACGGCACGCCGGCUUGCAUGGACCACCUACGCGACUGGAUCGAGAAGGACUACGGGGGCGUGGCGGCCGAGGCCUUUGCCCGCCUCGGCGGAUCCGUCUCCCGGGACGACGUCGAGCGAUGGAGGGACGUGGCCGUCGGCAGGCUGGCGACGCUGCGGAUCCAGGAACUCCUCGACAUUGUCCUUCACUGGCCCGAGAGCCGGGGCGGCCUCGACGACCUCCGCUCGGCCGUCGGCACGCCGCAGCGCCGCCUUCAGCUGACCGACACCUUCUCGGCGGCGCUCCAGAAGCGGCUGCUGCACCCGGGCCGCUCGACGCUGGAGAUUCUGCAGACGUACAUGUCCAUGAUCCGGACGUUUCACGCCUUGGACGCGUCCAAGGUGCUGCUGGACCGCGUCGUGCACGCGCUCCAGCUGUACCUGUGCCAGAGGGACGAUGCCAUCCGCAUCGUCGUCACCGGCCUCCUCGCCCACCCCGGCGGCGGCGGCGGCGGCGACGGAGGGGGGCGGACGCUGGUCGAGCUGGCGGCGAUACUCAACGACGCGACGCAGCCGCAGCGCAGCCACGGCGACGACGACGAGCUCGAUUGGAACGACAUGACGUGGGAGCCCGACCCCGUGGACGCGGGCGUCAACUACAAGCGGCCCAAGAACGAGGACGUCAUCGGCACCCUCAUCGGCGCGCUCGGUUCGCAGGACAUCUUCAUCAAGGAGUUCCAGCUCAUCAUCGCCGAGCGGCUGCUGUCGAAGCAGGCGAGCUUCCAGCAGGAGAUCAAGGUUCUCGGCCUGCUCAAGAAGCGGUUCGGGGAGCACGCGCUGCAGAACUGCGACGUCAUGAUCAAGGACAUUUACGACUCGAGACGCGUCGACGCCACCCUCCGCAAGAGCCUGCGCGUCGACGACGAAGCGCCGGGCGCGAUGCCGGCCCACCACACCAAGAUCCUGUCCCGACUCUUCUGGCCCAGCCUGCCGCGGGAAGGCUUUCGGGUUCCUCGGCCGGUGGCGGAGAUGCAGAGCCGGUACGAGCACGGAUUCGGCCAGCUCAAGACGUCGCGGAAGCUCAGCUGGCUGGACCUCCUCGGCUCGGCGACGAUCCGGCUCGAGCUCGCGGACCGCUCGGUCGAGCUCGAGUGCAAGACGUACGAGGCAUCCAUCAUCCACGCCUUCCAGGACGACGGCUCGGGCACGGGCACGGGCACGGCGUCGUCGCCGCGGCGGCGCACCUUUGACGAGCUGUGGGAGGAGCUCCGGAUGGACGAGGACCUGCUGGCGCUCGGCCUGACCUUUUGGCAGUCGAAGCGCGUGCUGCAAAGCGUGGGACGGCGGACGUACGCCGUGCUCGAGAGCCUCGAGGCCGACGGCGGGCUCGCCGCGGGCGCCGCGGGCGGCGUGGCCUCGCGCGCCGAGGACGACGAGGCAAGCGCAUCGCCGCGGAAGUCGAAGAACGUGGACGCCCGGGAGAGCGAGCGGCGCACCAUCUACUGGCAGUUCAUCGUCGGCAUGCUGACCAACUCGAGCCCGGCGAUGCCGCUCGGGCAGAUUGCCAUGAUGAUGAAGAUGCUCAUCGCCGACGGCUGCCCCUGGAGCAACGAGGAGCUGCAGGAGUUUCUCGGCGAGAAGGUGGCCGACGGGGAGCUGGAGCUCGCAGGCGGCAAGUACAGGCUGGCGAAGAAAUGA